AUGCUGCAAACAAUUAUGCCCGUGAUCACUAUACAGUCGGCCAAAACAGUUAUCCAUUUGGUCUUGGACAGGAUCCAAAAACUUGCCGAUCAAUGCACUGGCAUGCAAGGCUUCAUCAUCUUCCAAUCCUUCGGGGCAGGAACAGGCACCGGUUUCACUUCACUGAUGAUGGAACGUCUCAGUUUGGGCUACGGAAAGAAGUCUAAACUUGAGUUUUCAAUCUACUCAGCACCACACAUCUCAAAAGCCGUUGUCCAGAUUUACAUCGCAAUCCUUUGCACCCACACUACAUUGGAAUAUUCAGACUGUGGUUUCAUGAUCUACAAUGAAACCAUUUAUGAAGUCUGCAGACGCAACCUGCAUAUCGAGCGGCCAACGUACACAAAUCUUAAUCGACUCAUCGCCGAGAUCACCAACCUCGUGCCCUACCCCCGCAUUCCCUUUCCGCUCAACACCUACGCACCCAAAGUGUCGGCCGAAAAGGCCUACCAUGAACAGCUGAACAUCUUCGAACUCACAAACGCCUGGUUCGAGCCCGCCAAUCAGAUGAUCAAGUGCAGUUUACGACAUGGCAAGGAUAUGGCCUUUUGCAUGCUCUACAGAGGCGAUAAAACACCCAAGGGAUGGCAGAAGAGCAAACGCAAGAGCUAG